UCUCAUGCUUUUACAUGUAUCAUUUUUGCAAAUCAUUUUCAUUUGUUGAGACACUGGGAAGAAAGAGGGGGAACGAGGUGGAUGGGUGGGGGUGGGAUUGGGUAACAAUGUUUCUAUUUUACUUAGUACAGUAUAUGUAGGGUUUGAUGUCAGCAUUGUUUGUGCAGGUUCUCUUUUGUUCACUUGUGUUCUUCUGGCGGUGAGAGAGAUUUGGGUUGGCCUAGGGUGUGGUUGUUCAUUUGUGAUUGGCUGUGGUGGUCUUUGUUUUCAUGUGUGAGUGGGGUGGGUGUUUUGGAUCAAGUUAGCCAUAUUGAUUUGUAUGCUGUCGGUAGAUUUUUGUCAUUAUCUUGUUGGGCUGUGUGUCUGAUAAAGGGGAGCCAUACUGGGGCUCCCAUGUCCCCAUGUCAGUUUCAGCUUAUUGGUUAGUUUUUCUAGUAAGGCUGUUUCCCAUACUAUUUGGUACCAUUGGUCCAUGCUUACUCCUGACAGGUCUCUCCAAUGUCUGAUUAUGAUGUUUCUGGUUGCUGAAAGUAGGUGGGUUAUGAGUUCUUUGUGGUGUAAAUGGACAUUAUUGUCUUGGACAGGCGUCAGCAACCUUUUUCAGCCAUGGGCCGAUCCACCGUCCCUCAGACCAUGUGGUGGGCCAGACUAUAUUGGGGGGGGGGGUGAAGAAAUUCCUAUGCCCCACAAAUAACCCAGAUAUGCAUUUUAAAAUAAAAGCACACAUUCUACUCAUGUAAAAACAUGCUGAUUCCCAGACUGUCUGCAGGCCGGAUUGAGAAGGCAAUUGGGCUGCAUCCGGCCCCGGGCCUUAGGUUGCCUAUCCCUGGUCUUGGAAGAUGUUUAGUAAGGCCAAUUCUGGGGUAGUUUCUAUUACUUAGAAUCAUAGAGUUGGAAGAGACCACAAGGGCCAUCCAGUCCAACCCCCUGCAAAGCAGGGGGUUAUUUUACAUAUGUUUGGUUAUUUUACAUAUUUCUCGUAUGGCUGUCCAGAAUAAUUGGAUUUUGGGGCAUUCUCACCACAUGUGGAGGUAUGUCCCUAUGGAGGUGCCAAUUAGCUAAAUUCAUGGAGGAGAUAAGCUACUGUCAAUGGCUGCUGAGCAGGAUAGCAAUGCUCUACCUCCGUGAUUGGAGGCAAUAAUGCUUCUGAAUACUAACUGCUAGAAACCAUGGGAGGAGAGAAUGUUCUUGUGCUCAUGUUCUGCUCCCUGGUUUCCCACUGGUAUCUGGUUGGCCACUGUGAGAACAGGUUGCUGGACUAGAUGGACCACUGACCUGAUCCAGCAGGCUUCUUAUGUUUGUUUGUCAACAUGACCAAGAGAAGUGAUAGCCUCCACUUCCAGUUCGACAACUACGGGGACUCCAUGCUGCAAAAAAUGGACAAGCUGAGGGAAGAGAAGAAGUUUUGUGAUGUCACGAUCCACAUAGACGACCUUGAGGUUCACGGCCACAAAAUAGUCUUUGCUGCUGGCUCCCCUUUCCUAAGGGAUCAGUUCCUGCUGAAUGACUCCAGGGAAGUGAAAAUCUCCAUCCUCCAGAGUUCGGAGGUUGGGAAGCAGCUGCUUCUGUCCUGCUACAGUGGCGUCCUGGAGUUUCCCGAGAUGGAGUUGGUGAACUACCUGACGGCAGCAAGCUUUCUUCAGAUGAGCCACAUUGUGGAGCGCUGCACACAGGCCCUGUGGAAAUUCAUCCGGCCCAAACAGCAGCUUGAAAACAAGGAAGAGGGGAAGCAGCCGCAGCAGACUGACUCUUCAGAGCCAAACGAAUCCCCAAGGAUGGGGAGUAAGGAGGAGGAGGAGGAAGACGACUCCUUGCUCCCAGACUCUCCAUGCAUCCAACCCUCUGAAGACAGCCUGGACAUGGACGAUAGCGACAUCCAAAUUGUGAAGGUGGAGUCCAUUGGGGAGGUUGCGGAGGUCAGAAGCAAGAAGGACCAGAACCAGUUUAUCUCCUCAGAGCAGCAGAGCAGCCUCCACUCAUCAGAGCCUCAGCACUCCCUCAUCAAUUCCACAGUGGAGAACCGAGUUGGUGACCUGGAGCAAGGCCAGCUCCACAACUACACCCUCUCGUACAUGGGGGGAGACAGCCUCAUCAUGGGUUCCAAAGACAUGUUUGGCACCAGCAGCCGCGGGGUGGACAAAGGCCUUCAGUGGCACCACCAGUGCCCCAAGUGCACGCGCGUCUUCCGGCACCUGGAGAACUACGCCAACCACUUGAAGAUGCACAAGCUUUUCAUGUGCCUGCUGUGCGGCAAGACCUUCACGCAGAAGGGCAACUUGCACCGACACAUGCGGGUGCAUGCAGGCAUCAAGCCCUUCCAGUGCAAGAUCUGUGGGAAGACCUUCUCGCAGAAGUGUUCCUUACAGGACCAUCUCAACCUGCACAGUGGGGACAAGCCCCACAAAUGCAACUACUGUGACAUGGUUUUUGCCCACAAGCCCGUCCUUAGGAAGCACCUCAAGCAGCUCCAUGGCAAGAACAGCUUUGACAACGCCAAUGAGAGGAACGUCCAGGACAUUGCUGUGGAUUUUGACUCCUUCAGCUGCAGCUCAGGCACAGACUCAAAAGGCUGCCAGCAAGCCGAGCCCAGCCAGGUGCUGGACACUGGGAAACUGGCGCAGGCAGUGCUCAGUUUACGGAGCGAAAGCGCCUGCGUGAAUUGAAAUGGGUGAUGGAGCACCUCUCUAUGAACAUUGGGGCAGGAAGAGCCGUGAAGAGCUGCUUCGGGCUUUGGACUUGGGUAUCGUCCCAAGAGGCUCUGCUGGAUGAGCUGUGGAGGCUGAACUGAAAAUUGUAGCAGGUCUUCUGCCCUAGAGUGGUUUGAUGUGUUUGGUGACUCCAAAUGUCUUUGUCCCUAGGGUGAAAAGAACAGAGGCAUAAGCCUGCCUCCUUUGAUAUUUAGGUAAGGCAGCGCUGGAUGACCCCCUUGUUUUGAAGGGUAGUUGAAUUGUACCUUCAAGAAGCAGUUACCAGUUUGUGGGCUGAAGGAAUGAAUACAUGCACACCCUGUGACAGAUAUGUUUUUCAGCAGGGGGGAGGGGGGAUCUUGAGUUCUUAAGCGGAGAAAGCACUGGAUAAUUAUAAGCUCUUAAUAUUUGUUAGUCCAUCUGUGAUUUUUUUAAAUUGUAUUGUUUAACAUUGUAUACUUGCCUUCUGUUUUUACCCUCUAGCUGACCAUUUUCACCCCUAAACCUAUUUGACUGUUGUGAGUGAAGUCAUUUUCCUGAUUUAAAAUGGGUGAAGGCUGCUGCUACAAAAUAUGGCAAUUGCCUCUGUGCCUCUGCCCAGGCUCAGUUCCUGUCCCCAAAAACCCAACCCACCCUUUGUGGAAAGUAUGUGCUUAGACUAGAAAGGCUAAACUUGCAUGCCCCAGUUGUCUUUGUUUUCUUCUGGGUCUUUCUCUCAUGUUGUUCCCCACAUCUGAAGUGGCAUCCGUUUUUCUGUCCAGCAGCCAGCCAGGCUCCCUCUCUUCUACUUUGUAUGGCUUCCAGACUUGCUCCUAGAGCCUCCCUCUGCCACACCUGACUAUUCCUGUCCUCACCCGCAGUUUCUCUUUGUUUCCUUCACCUCCUCAGUCCUUGACCUCACCCUCAAGCCCUUCCUUCCAUGACACUGACUGCAAGCUCUUGGGCCUGGGCCUAUAUCUCACCCUGCAUUGUGGAUGCUGCUUGGAAUCCUGUAGGCACUUGUGAGAUAAUUCACCUGUCCUGUUACAGGUGGUGAGGUGGGUGGAGUUGGCAUAACUGGACCCUUACCACACCUCCAAGAGCUAUUAAAAGCGCAGGAACCCAAGGUGGUUAGCAGAUUGUUACCUCGGGUCCUCCCAAGCUGACUUUUGGUAUGACACCUGUGAGGAGGGAAGAACGCUUGAGCAGUCAAAUAAUGGUUAAAUAUUUAUUAUUGUGAGUUAUACCAUACCAUCAGUGUCGCCCUGCAGCCAGGCCUGUAUAGCAGGGAGGGAGUCUCUUGGAUCUUUCAGGCUGACCCUGGGCUACCUGUCCCUCUGCAGCAUUCUCUUUGCAGACUACUGUGUCCUGAGAGCUGGAAGCAGGAAAUGGAACAGAGAUUCUCUUGAGGGAGUCUCUCUCACACUGCUGUUGUGAGGCUGAGCUGUAAGGGGGGGUGAUAUAUGUUGCCAUGACUUGGAAGGAAUAGCAUUCAAUUUUGCAUAAUGGCGAGGGGGCUGGCAUCUAGGGGCGUAGUGGAAGAGGCAUUGCCCCAGGCCCACAGCUGGCGGGGCACAAACCAGCCCCCCUCCACGCAUAGAUCCCCAUUGCAGCCUGCUGGUGGCGGGAGCUGCAUAGCAGGGAGGGUGAAGAUGACCUUCCACAUGCCCCACCCAGCAAACAAGCACUCUUCCAUCCACGGCCGGAGGCCCCCAACUGGUGGGACAGUGCUUCUGCACCUCAUGCCCCCGCUUUGCACUCAAGUGCUCUCCCAGCGGGGGCAGGAGGUGUAGAAGGUGAAGAGCACCCUCCGCGCCUCACCUGGAGUGCAUGCGCUGUUCCUCGCCUGGGACCUUUGCUGGCAUCUGCCCACAGGAGCCACAUCCACUCAUUUUUGGUGCCAUGAGAAGUAAAAAGAAAAGCAGGAGAGUGCCGCAAGCUGAGACCCCCUCCCCCCCACACACCUUUUUUGUUCUCCCAUCCUCUUUGGCCAAGUUCACACAUAAUACUAAGCCAAGCUAUGACUAAAUGUGAAUGAGAGAGUGUCAAGGUAUUCACAGCAAAAGCUCGCAAGCUUCACUUCUCACCAUCCCUUGUUCUUAGUUUAUUGAUCGCAGUUUGUCAAGCAUAUCCACACUAGAGUUUAGCUCUGGCAGGAUGAAGCAAAGCAGGAAGAUUGUGGAACAUUUGAGGCAGUUUUUGCUGUUAUUACUCACCCAUUCAUACACUUAGCCGUAGUUUUCUUCAGCUUUACAUGCAAACCAGGGUCUUUGUCUUACUUCCUCAUCUCUCCUCCUUCACCUGUUGUGAGACAGGAGGGAAUGAUAAGCAUGAAUUUGGGGGAAGGGGUGACUUCUAUUUCAGCUAGCAGUUGGAUCCUCCUUAAAGUGUCCAGCACAAGGGCAGCAGGUCUGUAGCCCUCCAAAUGUUCCUGGGCUACAGUUCCCCUCAUCGAUGAUCUUUGGCAGUGUUGACUGGGGCCGACGGGAGUUCCACUGCAGGGAGGGAGGCUCUUGAUGAAAUGUGGGUGCAGCCACAACCACCACAAACCCCCUCCUCCUUUUCUCCAUGUCAGCAAGUGCGAGUGGGAUGGGCCCCUUGUGAAUUAGCAUUGGGUAAAAGCUUUGCAAAUACCCCUAUAGGAGAGAAGAUAGGCUGCUUUUGAUCUGUGAAUGUGUUCUUGUACGCAGGACCAAAAGACCACUCAAUGAUGUGUGUGCUAAGUCAUCGCAGUCGCUUCGAAAUAAAACAGCUGCACCACC